CUCCUUCUGAGCGGCGGCGUCGAGCAGCUUUGAGGGCAGGCAGCAGCGUGCGAGACCGGCGCACGGCCGCGGCGGGCGCUUUUGGGGAUCAUGUAACCGCGGAGCGAGCGCGCGUUCGGGCUGUGGGCGCACGGGGCGACGAGGACGGGAAAUGACGUGAUGCCGAACGUUGAGCGUGUCUGCGGCUAUUAUUUUCCAGCUCGGUCCCGGCGUGCAGCGAUGCGGACUGCCGGUGGGCGUUGAUCGUGGCACAAUUCAAGAUGAAGAAGCAGUUCAAUCGCAUGAGGCAGCUCGCCAACCAAACGGUGGGAAGGGCAGAAAAAACUGAGGUGUUAAGCGAAGACCUCCUGCAGGUGGAGAAGCGUCUGGACCUGGUCAAGCAAGUGACGCACAGCACUCACAAGAAGCUGACGGCCUGCCUGCAGGGUCAGCAGGGGGCCGACGUGGAGAAGAAAUCCGUCAAGUCGCCUUCUAAAAAGCUGCCCCUGGCCAUCCUGGCACAAUGCAUGGUGGAGGGAGCGGCCGUGUUGGGAGACGACUCCCUCUUGGGGAAGAUGCUGAACAUGUGCGGGGAGACGGAGGAGAAGUUGGCCCAGGAGCUCAUCGACUUCGAGUUCCAGAUCGAGCGAGACGUGGUCGAGCCGCUCUACGUGCUCGCCGAGGUGGACAUCCCCAAUAUCCAGAAACAAAGAAAGCACUUAGCAAAACUGGUCUUGGACAUGGACUCAUCACGGGCAAGAUACCAGCAGUCGUCCAAGUCGGCCAGCCACCCGAGCGCCCUUCAGCCUGGCACCAAGUCCGAGUCGCUCCGAGAGGAAAUGGAGGAGGCGGCCACUCGGAUGGAGAUCUGCAGGGAUCAGCUGUCUGCAGAUAUGUACAGUUUUGUGGCCAAAGAAAUAGACUAUGCAAAUUACUUCCAGACACUCAUAGAGACACAGGCGGAAUAUCACAGGAAGUCAUUGGAGAUUCUGAACAGCAUCCUGCCCCAAAUUAAAGCGCACCAAGAGGCGUGGGUGGAGAAGCCGUCGUUCGGCAAGUCUCUGGAGGAACACCUGAACAUUAGCGGCAGAGAGAUCGCCUUCCCCAUCGAAGCGUGUGUCACCAUGCUGCUGGAGUGCGGCAUGCAAGAGGAGGGCCUCUUCCGAGUGGCUCCGUCAGCCUCCAAACUGAAGAAGCUGAAAGCCUCCCUGGACUGCGGCGUUCUCGACGUGCAGGAGUACUCCUCUGACCCGCACGCCAUCGCAGGCGCUCUCAAAUCGUACCUCCGCGAGCUCCCCGAGCCGCUGAUGACCGCGGAGCUUUACGACGAGUGGAUCCAGGCCUCCAACAUUCAGGAUAUGGACAAGCGACUGCAAGCGUUAAUGGCAGCGUGUGAGAAACUGCCCACGGACAACUUAAACAACUUCAGAUAUCUGGUCAAAUUCUUAGCCAAGCUCAGCGAGUUCCAGGACGCCAACAAGAUGACGCCCGGCAACAUGGCCAUCGUCCUGGGCCCCAACUUACUCUGGACGCACACCGAGCCGGACAUGACGGAGAUGAUGACCACGCUAUCGCUGCAGAUCGUGGGCAUCAUCGAGCCCAUCAUCCAGCACGCCGAUUGGUUCUUCCCCGGAGAGAUCGAAUUCAACCUGACCGGCAGCUACGGCAGCCCCGUCCACGCCAACCACAACUCCAACUACAGCUCCAUGCCGUCCCCCGACGUGGAGCAGUCGGAACGCAGGCAGCCGCAUCACGACCAGAGCCGACGCCCUCUCAGCGUUGCCACGGACAACAUGAUGCUGGAGUUCUACAAGAAGGACGGCAUUAGGAAAAUCCAAAGCAUGGGCGUGCGGGUCAUGGAUACUUCCUGGGUGUCGCGCAAGGGCUCGUCCACGCUGGCGCGCAAGACCUGCUCCACCCCGCCGGGCGUCUGCUCCACGCCCACCGACUCGCCGGUCGCCGCCGAGCAGGCCGGGGAGUUCGCGCCCUCGCCGGCCGCCACGCCGCCGCCGGCGGAAAGGCUCGGCUCAGACGUGUCGCCCAAUCGGCCGGACACCUCUCAUGCCCACCCGCCCCCGGGGGAGGACCGGCCGCCCCCUCCUUACCCCGCCGCCUCCCACCACCACUUCUACCCCAAGCCCCCUCCCUGCGCUCGGCCCGUGGCGCCGGGUCCGGAGUCGCAGCCCCCGGCCUCGCCGCCGCCCCCGCAGCGCUGGUCGGGGUUCACCCCCCCUGCCCCGCUCCCGUCCUCCUCCUCUUCCUCCUCCUCCUCCUCGCUCGACAUCAAUUCCAACCCCAAGCCCAGCUGCCUGCACUUCCCCAAGCACAGCCCGCCCGGCGACACGUCGCACGCCCCCCCGCCCGACGCUAACGCAUCGCCGCUCUACAUCAAAACCCCCCUGGUGCUCGCCCGCCACGAGCAGUCGCUCGGCAACCCCCCUAGCAUCCCUUCCUCCGCGCCCCCGCCCCCGCCGUGGGCUGCCUGUCCGUGCGCCAGAGAGAGAGGACUCCCCAGGCUGACUAGUUCGUUGAAGAGUAAAGAACUUUCCCCUGUCAUUGGACACAAAGGCAUCCAAGUGGCAAGUCCAACAGUGCCCCCUAGCUGCAGUCCACAGAGCGGCAGUCAGUGCCCCCGCUCCGCAGAGCACAGCCCGCACAGCCUGCGCAAAGGUUCCAAAAAGUUGGCCCCCGUGCCUCCCAAGGUCCCGUACUGUCAGUCGGGCGCAAUGUCCGACCACUCCGCAGGUCAGCCGUCACCGGUCAGCCUGUCCCCGACCCCGCCCAGCACCCCCUCCCCGUACGGACUGGUCUGCAGUCCGGGUCAAGGGCCGCCCCCGUCCUCCCCCGGGCAGACCCCCUUGGGGCCGCCCCACUCCCUUUCAUCCCCGCCCUCGCUGACGGGGACGCUCACCAAGUCGCGGUCCGUCCCCAAGCCCAGGCAGAGACCCAGCCUGCCCCCGCCGCAGCCGCCCACCGUCCCCGUCGGGUUCGCAGGCCAGGCCCCGGUCCCGAUCCAGGUCCCGGCGCCCAAGCCGCCGGAGCAGGGCCUCGCCGAUGGACUGUCCCCGGGGGAGAGCAUGUCUACAGGGUAUCUUCAACGCGGACUUGAAAUGAUUUCCUCCAAAAGUGCCCUCCGCAAUUUUUGUACUCAACUGAAAGCGUACCAGCUAUCUAUUAGGGUAAGACAGAUCGUGUUGUCCCCUCCCAUAAAUAGACAAGUGAAAUAUUUCUUAGAAAUGUAAUGCAACAGCACGGCGGGGGUCGUGGUUAGCACAUCUGCCUCACAGCUGCGGGGUUCUCGGUUCGAAUGUGGGUAAUAAGGCUUCUUUCUGGGUGGUUGUUCAACUGUUUACCCCUCCUUUGCGUAAUGUCAGCUUUACAGAUGCCUCUCUGCAGAUUAUUUUCUGAUCGGGAAAAAAAAAGGAAACAUCUAUUCGAGGGAGGCAUUGAUUUUUUUUUUUUUUUUUUUUUCCUCCUCCGCGGCCAAUUCUCUAUUUGAGAUAAUACCAAAUUCAUUUUGGGUCAUUUUUUACCACUCGGUUGUGUAAACAUCAGCUUUACAGAUGCCGAGUCCUCUCUGUAGACUGUGUGUGUAUUCUGAGGUGGGGGGGGGGGGGGGG